AUGCGUUUACAUUGUCUUGUUGCUGUGUUGGUUGUACUUGUUUUGAUUGAUGUUGGAGAGGGAUACUAUCGUAGAUACUAUCGAUAUCGAGGGGGUCGUAGAUACUAUCGAUAUCAAGAAGCCGAUACAGACAAUAUUCGAGAGAUAACUGUCAGUAAAUGUUUGAAAUGGCCCAUAGUGAAAUAUAUCGUUACACAAUUCACCUGCCCAAAACCUGAUCCCUGUGCCAUGAUAGACUGUAAUUGUAACGGGAAAUGUGUUGAUGGAGAAUGUAAAUGUAAUACUGGGUUUCAUGGACAGUUCUGUUCAGAUAUCUUUUUAGUAAAUGGUUUUGGUCAACAAGCUCAAUAG